AUGCUCGGUGCCUACGCGGUUGCCCCGAUAUUUACGCUCGCCCGACCAUAUAAGGGUCCCCUUAACGUCGGCCGCCCCGUCGCGAGGAUCCUCCAUUGCGCUCUCUCUGCCGUCAUGGGCCUCAAGUCUCUUCUCGCCUCCCUUCUUCUCAUCUCGGCCGCGUCCGCCCAGCUUAGUGGCAGAGUUGGCCCCACCUCGUCGCUCUCUUCGAAGCAGAGCACCAUCUGCAAUGUGCUCGACUAUGGCGGAUCGAUCGGCUCCAGCGACAUUGGACCUGCUAUCAACAGCGCAUUCACCAACUGCGUACUCAAGCACUCUGGCUCGACACUCUAUGUUCCCGCCGGCAACUACAACAUGCAGACAUGGGUCACUCUCACUGGCGGUACCAAAUGGGCGUUCCGUCUUGACGGACUCAUAUCACGCACUUCGACGACACACGGAAACAUGAUCGCCAUCGUGAACGCGAGCGAUUUCGAGUUCUACUCUGCGAACAGCGCUGGUGGAAUUCAAGGCUACGGCUACCAGUGCCGCAACAAUGGUCCCCGUCUGGUCCGUAUCAUCACCUCCACCAACUGGUCCAUGCACGAUCUCAUCCUCGUGGAUUCCCCUGAGUUCCAUCUUGUGAUAGAGAGCGGCUCCAAUGGAGAGGUUUACAACAUGGCUAUUCGCGGCACCAACCUGGGUGGUUCGGAUGGUGUGGAUGUUUGGGGAAGCAACCACUGGAUUCACGAUGUCGAGGUUACGAAUCGCGAUGAGUGCGUCACUGUGAAAUCUCCCGCCAACAACAUCCAAGUUGAACGAAUUUGGUGCAACCAGUCUGGAGGUAGCGCGAUCGGCAGUCUUUCUGAUGGCACCGCUAUCCAGAACAUUCUGUACAGGAACGUCUACACCAACGGCGGAAACCAAGCGUUCAUGAUCAAGAGCAACCUCGGCUCCGGCUACUGCGCAACGUCGUCUUCGACUCGUUCAUCUCCCGCGUACUGGUCCUCCCAAACCCCCGGCUCGGGUGCUGGAGUCCAGCUCUCCAACAUCACCUUCUCCAACUGGAACGGCAACGUCGUCGAUGGCGUCGCCCGCCCGCCCGUGCAGCUCAUCUGCGCCGACGGCGCGCCCUGCUCCGGCAUCACGCUCUCGAACGUGAAGAUGUGGUCCCAGACGGACAAGGCCGUCGUCAAGUGCGAGAGCGCGUACGGCUCCGGCGUCGCGUGCAUCAAGAACUCGUCCUCGCACACCUCGUACGCGAUCGUCACCUCCUCGAUCACCAAGCCCGCCGGCUACUCCACCCCGUCCACCAUGGCCGGCGACCUCGCGUCGGGCUUCGCCACGAACGCCGCGAUCCCCACGCCGACGAUCCCGACUUCGUACUUCCCUGGUCUCGCACAGAUCAGCCCGCUCGCGAAGAACAACGCCGGCGCCACCGGCACCACCACCUCGUCUGGGUCAUCCAGCACGGGCUCUGCUGUCGCCGCGUACGGCCAGUGUGGUGGCGUCGGCUACUCGGGGUCCACGGCCUGCGUCUCGGGCUACAAGUGCACCUACUCCAGCGAAUACUACUCUCAGUGCCUCCCUUCGUAA